GCUCUGUCGUUGGACGAGGGGAGACUGGCUUCCGACAAUGUGGGCACAGGAUGAAGACUGCGACAACUACUUAAAGAAAUGCCCUCGGGCCCUCUUUCAUGGUCAGCCAACCCUCACACUCGUUUAACCCAAAAUAAUAAUGGUGGCCCAUCUCGUGGCCCUCGCCACGCUCCUUCCUCUCCUCGCUUCGGCGGCGCCGUCCGUCAAGCGCACGGUGGACACCAUGUACCCGUACAAGGGCCCUGCUGUCCCCGUGGGCGACCCGGUCAACCCGACCGCCAUCGACAACGGCAAGGGCUUCCCCCGUCUGUACGAGCACCCUGCCGUCGAGCCUGCUGCUGGCUCCGAGCCAAGCAACAACAUCAAUGUCAUCUCGUCGGCCUACUUCCCCGGCGGUAUCAACAUCCACUUUCAGACGCCCUUUGGCAUUGGCUCGAACCCGCAGGUCAAGUGGGGUUCUACCCCCAGGAAGCUGUCCAACACCGCCUCGGGUUACACCCACACGUACGACCGCACCCCGCCCUGCUCCAUGAUGCCAGUCACGCAGUGCUCGCAGUUCUUCCACGAGGUCCAGAUCAAGGGGCUCCAGCCGGGCCAGACCUACUUCUACCAGAUCCCUGGUGGCAACGGCACCACCCCCUCCGAGGUCCUCUCGUUCACCACGGCUCUGGCUGCUGGUGAUGAAACCGAGUUCACUGUCGCCGUUAUUGCCGACAUGGGUUACACCAACGCCAAGGGCACCCACCUUCAGAUGCUCGACGCCAUCUCAAGUGACACGACGUUCGUGUGGCACGGAGGUGACAUCUCGUACGCCGACCAGUGGUACCACGGUGUCAACCCCUGCAACGUCUACACCAACGUCUGCACCAACGGCAGCUCGUCGACUCUCAACACCCCUGAUGGCAAGCCCGACAACCCAGACUACCUCGUUCCUCUCCCUGAGGGUGAGAGCCCGAACGAUGGUGGUCCCCUCGGCGGUGACAUCUCCGCUAUUUACGAGGUCAACUGGGACCUGUGGCAGCAGUGGAUGAACGACAUCACCAAGAAGGUCCCUUACAUGGUCAUGCCUGGAAACCACGAGGCCGCGUGCGCCGAGGGUGACACUGUCGCCCACCAGCUCCAGGCCUACCUCAUUGACGGCAAGCCCAUCGGUACCACCGAGGACUCGGACCACCUCAACUACUACACCUGCCCCGAGACGCAGCGCAACUUUACCGCCUUCCAGAACCGUUUCUCCAUGCCCGGUGACGUUUCGGGUGGCGUUGGCAACAUGUGGUACUCGUUUGACUACGGUCUUGCCCAUUUCAUCUCGUUUGACGGCGAGACCGACUACUACCAGUCGCCUUCGGCCCCUUUCAUCUCCGAGCUCCACGGCAACGAGACCCACCCUCUCGACACUGAGACCGGCAUCACCAAUGCUGGUCCGUUCGGUUUUAUUGCCAACAACACGUGGCAGGACAACACUGCCUACGAGCAGUACCAGUGGCUCAAGAAGGACCUUGCCUCCAUCGACCGCACCAAGACCCCUUGGAUCAUCGCCCAGUCUCACCGCCCGAUGUGGUCGUCGACCAGCGGUGGAUACCAGUCUCACAUGCGCAACGCUUUCCAGGACCUCUUCCUCCAGUACGGCGUCGACAUCUACAUCUCUGGCCACAUCCACUACUACGAGCGUCUCUUCCCCCUCACUGCCCAGGGUGCCAUUGACUCUCCCUCGGUUAUCAACAACAACACGUACAAGACCAACCCCGGUGUCUCGAUGACCCACCUCAUCAACGGCGGCGCGGGUAACACCGAGUCCCACGCUACUCUUCCUCAGAGCUCCUACCUCCCCAUCACCAACGUCCUCGACCAGAUCAACUACGGUUUCGGCAAGCUCUCCAUCAUCAACGCCACGUAUGCCUCGUGGGAGUAUGUCCACGGCACCGACGGCAAGAUUGGCGACUAUGUCAACUGGGUCAAGGACCCUAUUGCCACUCCUCCUGGCAACACCACCACGCCAGGCAACUCGACUCUUCCCGGCAACACCACCCUUCCCGGUAACUCGACCUCGGGUGGUAACACGACUGUUCCUGGCAACUCGACCAGCCCGCUCAACGGCACCACCCCCGGCAACUCGACUGCCCCUGGUGGCAGUGGCAACAACACUAGCCCCAUCGGCGGCGGUAACGGUGGAAACGGUGGCAACGGUGGCAACGGUGGCAACGGUGGCAACGGUGGCAACGGUGGCAACGGCGGUAACGGCAGCACUGGUGGCAACGGCGGCCAGGGCGGUAACGGCGGUGCCGGCGGCAACGGCUCCACUGGCGGCAACGGCUCCACUGGCGGCAACGGCGGCAGCGGUGGCCAGGGUGGAAACGGCGGCAACGGCAACUCUGGCGGCAACGGGGGUAACGGCGGCCAGGGAGGCAACGGUGGCAACGGCUCGGGCAACACUGGCGGCAACACUGGCGGCAACACCGGUGGCAACACUGGUGGCGACACUGGUGGCAACGGCGGUGCUGGUGGAAACGGCGGCAACGGCGGCUCGGGCAACAACGGCUCUGGCUCCAACGGGUCUGGCUCCAACGGCGGUGGCUCCAACGGCGGUGGCUCCAACGGCGGUGGCUCCAACGGCGGUGGCUCCAACGGCUCGGGCAGCAGCAACAAUGGCGGGUCUGGCGGCAAUGGAGGUAACGGUGGCUCUGGCAACAACGGAGGCAACGGUGGCCAGGGUGGCCAGGGUGGCUCCGGCGGCAACGGAGGUGCUGGUGGCUCCGGCGGCAAUGGGGGCAGUGGGGGCAACGGCGGCACCGGCAGCUCCUCCGGGGGCGGUAACGGCGGCGGCUCGAGCAGCUGCAACCUCAACAACUAG